UCCGUUUCGCCAUUUUCCUCUUCUACACCGGUGCUCUUGCUUGUAGCUACGUUGUCGCCCCCUUUCAGUGUUUUAGCUUGUCCAAAGCUGACGGCGGGCAAGAGGAAAAUCUAAAAAGAAGAUAGUUUGUCUUGUAGCUAUAUUGCCCCGAGAAAAGUGCAAGAAUGUCUUCUGAGGAGAGCCCCGAGUACUCGCCUUUCUUCGCUGUGAUGGGAGCCUCUGCGGCCAUGGUCUUCAGCGCAUUAGGAGCAGCGUAUGGGACAGCAAAGAGCGGCACAGGCAUUGCUGCCAUGUCUGUGAUGCGGCCAGAGCUCAUCAUGAAGUCCAUCAUCCCCGUGGUCAUGGCUGGUAUCAUAGCCAUCUACGGGCUGGUGGUGGCUGUGCUGAUAGCAAACAACAUCUCUGAGAGAGUCACCCUCUACAAGAGUUUCCUGCAUCUUGGAGCCGGUCUGAGUGUGGGCCUGAGCGGUCUGGCAGCCGGGUUUGCCAUUGGCAUUGUGGGUGAUGCUGGUGUGAGAGGCACUGCCCAACAGCCCCGGCUUUUCGUGGGCAUGAUCCUGAUCCUGAUCUUCGCUGAGGUUUUGGGGCUUUAUGGCCUCAUUGUGGCCCUCAUCCUAUCUACAAAAUAAGUGUCUACAUCAAACACCAUCUCAUUCAUUCCACAUCAAAGCAGCAAGAACAAAUAGGAGAUUUUCACCUACUUCCAUUAUACCCCGUGGGUCUGACAGGAGGGGAUGGCAACAGAAUCAUGUUGGCGGUCGACUUGACAGCUGUUGUCCCCAGUAGAUGUGAUCUAUCCAUAUUGUUUAAAGCCAUCCAGUUGUGUCAGGUCUCGUGCAUACAGAACGGGCAUGAAGAUGUAUUGGUUGUUGUGGGAUGAUGUGUGUGGACAGUUUGCUUGAUUUGUUGUCUGAUCUUAACCUGUACAGUGAUCCAGAGUCCCUCCACUCCCUGUAAAUGUAGUAACCAGUCUGUGAUGUGAGUGUGAGUAUCAACGUUUAUCCCUCUGCCCAUUCCCCUCCUUUGAUUUAUGUUUUUAUGUUGGUGGUUUUGAUCAUUCUCUGUUUUGAGACUGCUGAAGAAUUGUGCACAUUAGUGUUUUGUUUUUUUCAUGUUCUUUUCUGGGACCAUUUUUGAAUCACAGUGGUGAGGAACAAAUAAGACAUUUUUUUCACUAUUUAUGGAAAGUUAUGAAGAUUUUGACUUAAUGAAACUAAAUGGAAUACUGUUUAUUGAAUACCCUAUAUACAUCAAAAUAUAUAAAUUAUCUGUGUAUAGUUAGAUUAAUUGCACUGUGGGUAAUUGUUCUAAGUGCUUGGAAUUCCUCUGGAUGUAGUGUGAUUAUUAAUGGAGGAUGUCCACAUGUUGACAUGGAGUUGAUUGCCUGUGUGUGUGAGUGUGUGUGUGUGUGCGCGCGUGUGCAUGUGUGUGUGAAUGACGUGUGCAAGUUGAUUUAUGUUUAAUAUGACAUUCUCAGACACUAGUAUCGUUUACCUGUAGUGCUGCUGUCUUGAUAUUUUUUUGUUUUGUUGUUGUUUUUUUUCUGUUUAAGGUGAGAGCUCACUGUUCAGCCAUGCCUGUCAGAUUUCCAAAUAAAACUCAACCUCCUCCAGAA